AUGGCGCCUGCGGCACCAGCACCAGCACUAUCGCCUUCCUCCGAGAUCGCCACCGACGGGCCAGCCCUCAACCUAGUAAACAAGCGCCUCCGCGCACUGCGCAAGAAGCUUAACCGCAUCGCGCAGAUGGCGGAUUCUGUUUCCCAGGGCAAAACCCUCAACAAGGAGCAGGAGGAAACCCUGCGCUCCAAAUCCUCCGUCCUCGCCGGCAUCGACGAGUUCGAGAAGCUCAAGCAGCCGCUCCUUCAAGCCGUCAGUCAGGAAAUCGAGCUCGCGCUGGAAAAAAACAAACAGAAGCCGGACCCAGCCGCCGAAAUCCCGAGCGAGGCGGCGUCCACCGUGGAGGCGGAGGAGAAAUCGGGGACUCCCGCUUCCGACUCGGCGGUUUCCGAUCUGCUCAACCUGCUAUACUUCGGCACCGUCUUUGACGUGAAGACACUGUUUUUAGCACGGGACAGUCUGCUCACGAGGACGCACGAGAGGAACUGCUGCCUGACGUAUGAUUGCAUCACGGACGACGAUGCUGCCGGAGAUCUCCUGAAAGAGCCCGAUUUGGACUUGAUUGCCUCGCUCGGGAGCUUGUUGUUUUCACGGCCCGUUAAUUCAAGCCUGUCCCAUAAGAACGCUUUGCAGAAGUGUGUGGAGCAUGCUAAGCUAUGGCUUGCGAAUGCGGAGCAGCCAAUUGAGCCCGCUUCAAAUGUCACUUAUGCUGGCCUGAGGGAAAAGUUGAAUAAGAUUAUGGCUUCAGCGUACUUUACACCUAUAUCAAUUGGAGGUGGCAGUGGUGACAAUAAAGAAAACCCUGAUUUAAAUGAAGAAUGGAGCCUGCCAAACAUAGAAACAUCCCUGGUCCUUCUCCGGCUACAUGCAAAGCACAUCGCCGUCUGCAGAUGCGUAUGCAAGAGUUGGCUCUCCCUAACCACCUCACCGGGAUUUAUCUCUGCACAGCUCGACCAUGCCCGGUCCGAAUCCGAUCCCCAAUUCCUUUUCCACGAUUCAGUCGCCCACUAUGAAAGAGAGAAGGCCCCAGUAAAACCCACCCAAUCAGGCCUCGUCUGCUUUUCCCCGGACACAUUGAUUAUUGGCUCGAUUAAUGGCCUGAUCUGCUCCACUGGCAACUGGACGUACUGCAGCUCGCCGACUCCCAAUGACAUCUGGAUAUGGAACCCAUCCACUGGGCUCUCAAAGAAACUCCCCAUGGGCAUUCGCCGUGCCGAGCGCUUUUCCAAUAUUCAGGCCACAUUCGCCUUCUGCUGGGACCAAGAGUCUGACGUGUACAAGGUUGUUAGAAUCAUUUCGAAGAAGCGCGAACCAACUUUCGCCGAGGUCUGGUCCUCGGAUAUUAACUCCUGGGAGGAGAUUUACUUCACCAACCCCUCUUAUAUCUAUCACCCCUCAAACUUUAUGAACUUGGUCCCAACCACCUUCUGCAAUGUGUUUAUCCGGAAUUCCCCCCACUGGGCUGUCCUUGAUUAUGAUGGGAAUCCCUUUAUCAUGUCAUUUGAUGUCAAAACCAACAAGCUCAAGCUAUUCUCUUUCCCAUCUCAACUAUCUUCUGACCUGGAAGAAAUCGCUAUGACAAUUACCAAUGGGCUUUGGCGGCUUAUUGUUACCAACUGGAAGGGGGAUUUGGCGGUGCUGGAUUAUGUGGGAAAUCGUUCCACCGAGGCUGCUGAUUUGGCGACGCUGGAUGAUACACAGUGUUAUCCAUACCGUUUGUGGACGAUGGAUGCGGAUGGUCAUUGGACUCGUUCAUGUCUGGUUUCUUUUCAUUUUGAUUUCAAUUAUUGCCUCAACUCCGUGGGGGGAGGGAAAUAUAUGCUGCUGCAGACGCCUUGGAAGACGUCUUCAGAGAGAGAAUUGUUUUCAGAGAUAGUAUUGUACGACAUUGGGAAGAGUCGAGUUAUUAGGACGUAUGAAAUUCCCAAGCCAUUUAGCUAUAUAUCUUCGGCCUUUGACUUUGUCGGGAGCUUAGUGUCGAUGGAGGGGUCUGAGCCCUUUAGGGACAAUUUUAGCAAAUUGAUCACUCUCACCUGGCCGAGUCAUCUGCAGAUGAACUUGAACUUGGACCGGAAUUUACCCCGCAAACAACUCUUUAUGCUUCCGGAAGAGGUUAAAUUCUUUGCUGAUGGAAUGGAACGUGAUCCUGCAGAGUCGCCCUUACCUGCACCUUUUUGGGAAGUUGCCUCUAGCACGGCUUCCUACCGGCUUCACUCCUCCUCGCCGCCAAUCCCACUGCCACGGCCGCUGACCUCGCCAGAGACGCCUCUGCCCGGAGCUAGAUACUCUUUCGACGGCGCUGCAGCGUUUCUCAAUCAACAUACUAACCUUGAAAUCAUCAUCUUCCUUCUCAAAAGUGUCACUGGCCUCGCUAGAGACGACGAUUGUAUCAAGACCGACAAUCUGUUCUGCCACAGGGAACCGGGUUGUGGGGAUACUUGGGUUAUCGACAAACUUAUCCCACAUGCUUUACGCUGGUCCGAUGGAGGUCCGUGGGUCUUAUUGGGCUUACCUGGUCAUUUUGGCACUUUAUUAAUGGGCCAAGAAUUGUCCUCUAGUUACGUGGACUUGUACUGGUGUGAUGGAGAUAUUUUGGUAUUUUGCAAUUUGCUAAUUUUGACCAUUAAAUUUAAGGCCACUCCCAUUCUUUCUCUCGACCGGCGGGUCAUCAUUGGUUACCGGAGAACUUUCCGGUACCAAACGAAGGCUAAGAGUAAUUCAGACAAGGGUUCGUGGCUGAUGACAAAAUAUGUGCUUCCUGAUACCGCCAUCAAGUGCAUCAAAGAAGAGUACAAGAAUUUUGCGAUGUGUGUUCUCAAGAAGAAAACCAAGAAGAUUGCAAAUAAGCCACGUGUCGGGAGCGGAUUGGGUGAUUAUGGCGUGGAGUGUUCUUGUUCAUGCAACGUUGUGGCUUCUUUUGCUGAUUGUCGGGACCAAGGUGAUGAUGUGGAUUUUGGAUAUGUGGGCCCAGAACAAGUACAAAUCACAGACGAGGAUUGGAUACAUGAGCUAGAGGAGAGUAUUAUGGACGAUCAUCAUGAUGAUGUCAUGAGGAGUGCUGCCGAUGAAUGUCCUGGUUCGAGUCCAGGUGGCGCGUUCCCACUGGCUGAUGAUGUGGUAUUUGGUGAGGUGGGGCCAAAAGCACAGAGGGAUGAUGAUGAUGAUUGGAUCCAUGAACUGGAGGAGAGUAUGAUGGAUCACGAGAAGCUUGUUGACGAAAGUGGAUUGGUGAGCAAGGUGGAUGGUAUUGGUGGGCCCUUAUUGUGUGAUGAUCCAAGUUUCGAGAAAGAGUUGCUUGACUUCUUCGAUUUUGAACUUCCUGCAGACGAUCACGUCUUAUGGGAUAACCAGCCCGACAAUGGCAGCUUUUUCUGGCAGGAUCUGUCUUCGACAGCUCCAUUGAUUACCGGUAGUUAG